CGGACUAGGUCAACUUCCAAGACCUUUUUCCAUUUGACCAUUUCGGGACCAACCUAGAACUAACUUGCAUUAACUGCAUUCGUCUCGUCUGCGCAUCGGGGCAUCUGGGCGUCUGGGCUGAGCAUCUACUGUACCUUACCUAGGUACACAGCGAUAUGUUAGAGGGUAUCCCACAGGUAUCCCAUCCGUCAGAUCCGACGCGCGCCUCGCCUUGCCUUGCUCUGCCUUACCUUACCUCGAACGACUUCUUACCCAUCCAUAAAAUGUUAUUCCCACAUUUAUCAGCUUCGUCAGAGGUUGAUGAACUACCACUGGCCGAAUUGGCUGGCUAGUUAGUUGGCUGGUUUCUUUCUUAACCACCUAAUUGAUACCUACAUCUAGGUACUUACCACAAAUUGCUUAUCCAGCUUGAAAGAGAAAGGAGAAGAGGCGGGAAAAAAAAAAAGAAAGUCGAAUUUCCGAAGACGAUUUAUACGCUUUCAGAUGCUUACCAACAUCCACAACCGCGGCAUCGUGUCGGCUUUCUUAGGCUUCUUGGUGUGUUACACUCUGAUCGCCGCCUAUCUGCGAACCAAAUGCUAUCGUGAUCCAUCGUCGCUCUUCUUUAACCCCGAAUACGCUCGCGUCUUGACCUAUUCUUCUUUCCGCAAAGCGCAAGCCCAUAAGUUUGGGGAUUUAGCAGCCUUGCACGUCCCGACGAAAUGGGCCAACUCGACCGCUCCUGAGUUAUGCAUCGGCGUCGCAUCGGUAAGCCGCAAUAAGUUCUCUUACUUAAAAGAAACACUCGGGUCCAUACUCGAAGGACUAGACGAUCUCGAGAGGCAGCGCAUCUACCUCGUCGUCUUUCUCGCCCAUACCAACCAAUCCCGACAUGAAGCUUUCCGUCAACCUUGGCUCCUCAAUAUGGCCGACAAACUCCCAACCUACCCGGACGAUCCCGAAACCACGAGCCUUGUGCGGCAACUCGAGUCCGACGGGAAUUACGAAGUCCACGCCCGAAAGCAAAAGAUUGACUAUUCCGUGCUCUUGGACGAAUGCGCUAAGGUCAAUCCCAAAUAUACCAUGACUUUGGAAGACGAUGUGAUCGCAUUGGAUGGCUGGUAUCACCGGGCUCUCAGCGCCCUACAGACCGCCAUGAAGAAGACCCGUGAGCUUGGUCGAAAUGACUUUCUCUACCUGCGCGUGUUUUAUGACGGACGACUUCUCGGCUGGAACAGCGAAGAAUGGCCGUUGUAUGUCGAGUCUAGCAUUGCGGUUUUGAUCGUCGAGAUAACCAUCUUAGUGGCCCUUCGCUGGCGCGUCGCCGCUAUGCGCAAAGCUCUGACGCUCUCAGUUAUCUUCAUCCUCUGUGGCGUGUGUACUCCUAUGCUGAUCGGCCUUUUCUUCGCAGCCGGCCGUAAUUGCAUGCUCCCAAUCACACCAGGUGUCCACCUCAUGCAUCAGUAUGGAUGUUGUGCGCAGGGGCUUGUAUUCCCUCAACGUCAGGUUGUCAACCACUUGCUUCCCUUGUAUCGCGAUACCCAAGAUAAUCACGCCGCUGUCGAUACGUUCCUUGAGGACUGGGCUAAUAGCCACGAUAGCCUGCGCUGGGCCGUUACGCCGGUUCUGAUCCAACAUGUCGGUGGGAAGAGUUCGCAUGGCGCGGGUGAUCAAGAGUCUGGUUUGCUCACUGACGAUAUGCCUUUCGACUAUUCUUUCGAGACAAAUGACCCGAUCAAGCUCGCUAAGGAGCAUCGGGCUUGGGUUGCGCAGAUGUCGGAACGAAGCACGAAAUAACAAUAGAACAAAAAGAAAAUAUACACUAAUUUGCUUUCAUCGAAACAUGACCGGCGAUGUUUUGAAAAUAAUGUUUUAAGGGAUGCGUAUAGACGUGUAUAUAUUAUUGGCUGGGGAAUUGUUAUUACCUAGGUAGGUAGCUAGGGAUGGGGGAGAAAUGUGGUCUUCCGACAGGAAAUUAUGAUUGAUGAAAGUACCCACGUUGAUCGGCGCUGUCGUAGGUUCACCGUAAAACCAUGCAAUAACGUGGUCCCCAGAUGGAAACGUCACCGAAAUUGAAUCGGGUAUUACCUAGACCGAUAAUCAUUAUACAUAUGCAGUCUUGCCGCCCCAUUCCAUAGGCUGAUAGACCGAGUCGCUAUGGCAUCCUACCCGGCCUUGCAGCGAUUGGACUUUGAUACCCCAAUACCUUACUCGAGAGAUCUCGAGGGAUCUUGAGUAGGCGACACCAGACUUGAGUUUGAAUACCGAGGUAUACUACCCAAUAAUCCUUGUUUGAGGGUAUAUUAAAUUUUAU